GAAGAGUGACUGGUGAGAAGUAGUGGCGGUCAAAGAUAGCUUGAUACAGUGCGGAGAAUACAUGAAGAGCUUGGCACCAACAUAUUCUUUUGCGAUUGACAGUGUGAUCGAGCUAUGUAUUGUGUAUCUUGAAAAGUACUUUGAAGUGCAUCAGACUUUAUUUACUCCAAUGAAAAUUAUUUUUUGAUUUACUUUGUUUUGAAAUAC